AUGGGAAGACAUUCUUUUCCUGUGCUAAACCAACAAUUCUUGGUUGACGAAAAAUAUCAAUUUAUACGCGAACUUGGUCAAGGUGCUUAUGGUGUAGUAUGUGCUGCACGCAAUACACAAACAAAUGAAGGAGUUGCAAUUAAAAAAGUGACCAAUGUAUUCAAUAAAACCAUUCUUACGAAACGAGCAUUGAGGGAGGUUAAGCUGUUGCAACACUUUCGGGGUCAUAAAAAUAUCACGUGUCUUUUCGACAUGGAUAUAAUAAAUCCUUUAGAUUAUAACGAAAUUUACCUCUAUGAAGAAUUAAUGGAAGCAGAUCUUCAUGCAAUUAUUCGUUCAAAACAACCUCUAACGGACGCGCAUUAUCAAAGUUUCACGUAUCAGAUUCUUUGCGGUUUGAAAUACAUUCAUUCCGCGAAUGUGUUGCAUCGAGAUUUGAAGCCUGGUAAUUUACUCGUAAAUGCUGAUUGCGAACUCAAAAUCUGCGAUUUCGGACUUGCUCGUGGAUUUUCGGAAGAUCCCGAAGCAAAUACAGGAUUCAUGACUGAAUAUGUCGCUACUCGAUGGUAUCGUGCACCAGAAAUUAUGUUGAGCUUUCAGAGUUAUACUAAAGCUAUUGACUUGUGGUCAGUAGGUUGUAUUCUGGCUGAAUUGUUGGGUGGCGUACCUUUGUUUAAGGGACGUGAUUAUGUCGAUCAGUUAAAUCAAAUUCUGCAAACAUUAGGUACUCCGAACGAUGAAACAUUAACAAGGAUUGGGAGCCCAAGGGCCCAAGAAUACAUCCGUAAUCUUCCAUAUAUGCAUAAAAAACCGUUUCAAGAAUUAUUUCCUAAUGCCAAUCCGUUAGCAAUCGAUCUGAUAGAACGUUUGCUUGCGUUUGAUCCAUCUCAACGCAUUACAGUCGAACAAGCAUUAGAACAUCCGUAUCUUGCUGUAUGGCAUGAUCCAAAUGAUGAGCCCGUAUGCAACUCAACUUUUGACUUUUCAUCAUUCGAAUCAAUCAAUGAUCCACAACAAAUGCGAAUAAUGAUUGCCGAAGAAGUUGCAAACUUUCGAGCACUUGUACGCCGUCAACAACUGCCACAACUUAGCGUAAGUACAUCCGCAGCGAAUGUCCCUUUUGGAGGAAGAAAUAGUACCAAUGCUGGAUUAUCGAGGAUUCCGGAUCGUGACACGAUUUUGAAUUCGCCGACUGCGAUUCGUGAUCCGGAGGCAUUGGUAGUUGGUACUGGUCAUUAUCAACCACCACCUGGUUUGGCGAAGAGCGAGGAUUUGGAGAGGGAGUUGAGCGGUGGUGUUGUAUAG